CGCUUCGAAACUCACGAAGGUGGGUCCGGGAGAGGCGCGAAGCGCGGACUGACCUGUCAACCACGACAUACACCGCCGUUUACGCGAUUCGUUCACCGCUCAUUUGUGAGCGCAAAAGACAUGACCGGCAGAUCAGGCGCAUCAUCUCUAAGGGUUGGAAGCGUAUUCUGUGAGACUUUGAAAGACGAACAUUUCGUUGUUCUGCGGCGUGCGUUCAACCUGCAGGACACAUUUUUAGAGAGCAACUUCCACUUCAGCCAGCUGGGGAACGGAGGUGGAAAAGGGGGCGAUCUGAUUGCCCGCACAGUUGAUGGCAGGUUUUUCGUAAAGCAACUCAACGUCGGCGACGCAAAAACACUUCUCCAAGACAACUUUUUAUCGUCGUAUGUGGCUCGAGUUAAGGAGGGCGCAACCCUGAUCUGCAAAAUUGUCGCUGCUUUCACACAUGAUUCGCUCGGACGUUUUAUUGUUGUGGCCAACUGCUUACCGGCGAAUAUUAAAACUUGGAACGGGUUGUAUGACCUGAAAGGGUCAGCCGAUGAUAAAGUUCUCAUAGAUGAUGGCGUAACUGUUAUCGAAGCCCACAAAAGGUGCUGGAAACUUAGCUGGAUGGCAUCGGAAGCGUUGGGCUGCGACCGCUGCAUCCCGGUGACGCGUCGACGCUACUUGUCCGGUAAACGGAAGGCCUACGAUAUGCCGAUUUACCUAACGAAAGAGCAGAAACGUGAAGUUAUGGAGCUUCUCCGGGAAGACGUUGCCUUCCUUACAAAUCAUGGUCUGAUGGACUACUCGUUGAUAAUGGCUGUCCAUGGGCCUCCCUUAGGAACAUACCAGCUGACGGCAUCGGACUCGGCGAAUAUUCUUCAUUCCAAAUCAUAUGUAUCAUACCAUCGUGGUAGCGUGUCUGUGGUAUACUUCGGAAUAAUCGAUUUCCUGCAGGCUUGGACGGUCACUAAGCUUUGCGCGCACCACAUAAAAGCAUGCUGUGCUCCUACUCCAAUAUCAACGAUACCACCUCGACUGUAUGGAAGGCAAUUUCUGAACCAUUUUGAGUGGAAGUUCCGUGCUCUGGCCUACCCAGUUCCCUUGCGAGAUUGCAAUGCACUUAUAAAUUUAUCACAUGAAACACAAGAAGACGAAGAGCUGCGGGCUCAGCUUGAGGCUCUCAGCCGCACAACAAGCGAGCUUCGCGACAAACUUGACAUUGCAGAGAAGCGGAUUGACGAGCUUGUUUAUGCCGGCAAAUAAACAAGUUUUCAACUUAGGGUAAGCCGAUACGGGGAGUUCUGGGAACGCGAACGGCAGAUAUGACGCCAAGGAUACGCCUAGGUAGAUGGUAAUGCAUAUAUUGACACACUAUGACCUGAACGAACGAAAU